AUGUGGCUUUCUUUAUUGUUCUUUAUGUUAUUUAAUAUCGUGUUUUUCUUUUGUGUCUAUCAAGAAUUAAAUUUCCUUCAAUUUGUUUUUGGAGUUUAUAUUAUAAUUGUUGCUAUUGAUGCAUUUGAAACAUGGUUGAAGCAUAAGCAUCGUACAUCAUGUCUUAAGAGAUUAAUAAUUCAUGAUAACAAUAAAAUAAAAUUAGUUGUUUCAAAAAUAAAAGCCUGGAUUGAAAAGAAGCAAAUGGGCUUCAUUUAUCUCCGUGAUAGAAAUCAUACCAAAGCAUUUUUACUUCUCCAAAUUGUAUUAAGUUUUAUGUUAUUUAUUGGAAAGUAUACCGAUGGAUACACAUUGAUAUAUUUGCUAUGCACAGUAUUAUUUUUCUUACAUAAACUCAUACCUCCUUUAAUCAAAAUUUUAAAAAAAGUUCAGCAAAACGCAGAGUCUGAAUUUGAGCUUGAAGGUCUGGUACCAGAUGAAUCUGAAAUAAACUUGGACUUAUUAUCAAUAGAGCCAGAUCAAAAACUUGUGAUUGAUGAAAGACAAAGUCUAGAUUAUUGGAAACCAGAUGAUUUACCUCUAGAAGAGGCAAGUGAUAGUUCAGAUAACAGCAGUUCUCUAGUAACAAAUUUGUCUACAGAAAAAUUGCAAACUCUCUCGAAGGAUGUAGAAAUAACAGACUCAAGUGAAGAUGAAUACAUACCUCAAGACCAACAAUCGGAGCAGUUCCAGUCUUCCUUAGAAGUGCAACCAACAGGGUCUUGGAGUGGUGCAGCUUUUAAUCUAUUGUCUAAUUUUGGUGGUGCAGUAGCUAACAUUGUAUACAAAACGCAGGAUGAAAAGGAAAAGAGAAGAAAAAGAGUCUCUAGUAUGGACUCAUCAGAUGGUUUUGAAAUGAUUGAUAAAAACGAUUUUCAA